UGUGGAAAUGCCACACACGUCGUGACAUGUAGCGCCCUGGUGUCUGGGUUCAUAACGUCACCCGCAGGCGCACUCAGCUCCGUGAAUGUCUCCGACUACGUGAAUGACUUCCGCAUCCAGCGCCACGUGAGCAGCAGCAGCCAAUUAGAUUCAUCAACAGAGGAGCAGCUCAGCGCUGAUUGGCUCUCACUACGCAGCGUUCCGUCUCUCCUCUUCCUCCACUCCGCUCUUGUUUCUCCUGCGCGGCUCUGCGCUCAAAUCAACUUUGUUUAUACUCCGUGAUUUAUUGAGCGCCGUAAUAAUCGCGCGACACAACGAAUCGAUAAUGAAAUUCGUUGCCAACUAUUUUAAUAAUCGAUUUUUAUCGAUUUUAUCGAUUCGUUGUUGCAGCCCUAGCGCACUUCUAUUUUUUCUUACUUUAUCAAGUUCAGUCAACUUGACAUUUGUGAUUCUUGAUUUUUGUUUUUACGCAGGCACGGCUUUCUUUUUCUCUUUUAACGGAGACACCAUCUGCUUCUAAGAAGUGCCACAUGUUUCUUUCCUGAUUUUUUAAAAUGAAUGCUGUAUUAUCCUCCGGCUUCCCUCCCUCCCAAAAUAACAACAGACAUUUAGCCCCACGUUAAAAGAGCCUCGCUAAUCGGCUCUUUUGUGGCGAGUCAACGUUGGACCAUUAACAUUUUGAUGACUCUCUAAAGGGACGGAUGUUAUAUGAGGCCUUUUGUUGUUGUUGUCGUUGUUGUAACAACUUCCCUACCGGAUGACACAUGAUGAAGUAUAGUCGUUGAAAAAGAAAUAUAUAUAUAUAUAUAUAUGUAUGGCAGGAAUUUUUUUUUAAUUGGAGGGACACCAUAUGCUAAAUGUGAAGUUGUCAUUUUCACUUUUUAUGCGGAGUACACAACAGCUGUUUAAACGUGGUAAUUAGUGAGCAUCACAGGUGCAGGGAGGCUGACUGUUACCAUUGGUCAGAGCCUUCGCUGUAAGAAAAGUACGUAGAUUUUACAAUGAAAAACCGUUAAAUCACUACACUAAGAUACCGUGAAUUGACAAUAGGUUAUAUUCCGUUUUUACCACAUUGAAACACUAUAAAUAUAUAUUCCAGCCAAAACAGUAAAUUAAGCUUGUAUUUCUUGUAAAAUAUACAGUUUGUUGUUAUUAAUUGUACCAAACAUUGCACUGAUAACGGAAAUACGUCGUAAUAUGAACAACAAUCCAUACCGUAAUUUUUACAUUCAUAACUUUUUUUAAAUACAUUUUUAUCACCGUUAAAUGUACAAACCACCGGGCUCAGAACGGACAUAACCUGAAGAUCUAUUUUGGAUGUGAUGUCUUCUUUCCUGCGGCUCAUCUCUAAUCCUUUUCACUCGUCUUUGUGUUACUUUCAAGUAAAUGCAUGUGGAGGUAUCGCCAAACUUAAAAAUCGGUAUCCCAGCGAUCUAUAUUUACCUGCCUCUUGUUUAACCCUCCUGUUACCUUUCGGGUCAAUUUGACCCCAUUCAAUGUUUCAUGUCGGUGUUCCUUGGGGUCAAUUUGACCCCAGGCUGUUUUUCACUGUCAAACAUAUAAGAAAUAUCAACUUUUUUAUAUAUUUAAAGGGCUAUUUAGGUAGUCAACAAACAAACACAAAGUACCUCACACUUAAACUUGGGAAACAAUAUUAAUUCUAAUAAUUUUCUGGAGGUUUUAAUUGCUGGGGUCAAAUUGACCCCGAGGCUAAAAUAUGUUAGUAAAUGUGAAGGUAACAGGAGGAUUAAGUGGUAAUCUUUAAGCUUUCAGUCCUGGUUUCUUUAGAAUUCUGACCAGUGUGCAUACUUCCAUCUUUUGGAGACAGACUGUCCAGCAUUUGUUCCCCGGGUCUGUUUUCACACACACACACACACACACACACACACACACACACACACACACACACAGUUAUUAAUAGCGCAAAUCUAUCAAUAUUGCAAUACUUUAAUGAGUGGUCCACAGGCUCAAUCACCAUUACGUAGAUAAAAGUAGCAGUUUCAAUCCAAAGAUAGUCUUUGUUAUGUUUGGGGUUUUAUUAUUUUAUGAUACUCAGGUUUUGAAAACAGACGCCACUUUUGGGCCUUGGUUGGUUCUCAGGUGACACGGCCCUGGUCAAAGACGUGUCCAGACAGUCAGGCUGUAUGACCUCAUGGGUCCUGUGACUAAUGCCCGACUGAACUCGCUGCAUCCCCCGGAGCGCCACGAGGGCCGCCCGGUCGUCCAGCUCUACGAGAAGGGCUACGGGAAGGAUGCGGCCGGAAUCGCCACGGAGGCCAUCGCCUACGCCCGCAACCAGGCCUUCGACGUGGUGCUGGUGGACACGGCCGGGCGCAUGCAGGACAACGCUCCCCUCAUGACGGUGUUAAGAGAGACGACGUCGAGGUCGGAACGUCACUGCAUGCGCUGCUCGGCCUUCAGGAAGACGGAUCACUGGUUCUGGUCACAGGAUGCACAUGCAGGGCUUCUCUCUUUCUUUCAGAUCCAGGCUUCGCUGUGUGGAUGACGCGAACAGCCCUGGACCUGCUUGACAUUGGGAUUCAUGGUGCACCCAUUCUGGGUGGAGGGUUUGAACUUGUCAAAGUACCGAUGGGUGAUGUGAGGUUAAAACAAUAAACACAAAAGGUAAUAAUAAAGAAUAUAUCAAAGAAAAACAGAAA